AUGGACCACCGCGGCACGGGACGCAGCACACUUCUGGACUGUGUGUCAGCUACGACCGACGACUCUCUUCUCGGCGGUGAAAUCGAUCCGUCCGAGGUCGAUGAGUGUGCGCAGGACCUCCAGCAUAAAUUCGGUGACCUGUCGUCAUUUUCUAUCACGAGUGCCGCCACGGACAUUGCAACGUUCAUCACCGAGUCCACGAACGGACAAAACACCACAGUCUGCGGUGUUAGCUAUGGAAGUACGCUAGUGGAACGGCUCAUGCAUUUGAAGGCUCCGACGGUGACAGGCUAUGUCCUGGACGGCGUCGCCACGACUUCUGCCGCAGCAAAGGACAAGUUCCCGUUCAUUUCGAUGAACGACCGUGACUUCGGAGAGGUGGCCGACACUUUCCUCGACCUGUGCGCCAACGACGAAGACUGUAGUCGUCACUUCAAAUCAACAAGUUUGCCUGAUUUACUACAGCAGCUUUUCGAGAAAUUCGACAAGGAGCCCAACUCGACCUGCGCUCAGCUGGUAAGCGUACAAGGGGCCUUUGAUCCACCGUCACUUUCGCUUCGUGCUACUCUAGGCUCGGCGUUACUUGAUUCAACGAUGCGGGCGUUCAUUCCGCCACUUGUCUACCGACUGAAUCUCUGCGAGGAAGGAGAUGUCACCGUUUUGAAGCCAAUCUUUUCAAGUACCGAGCCACAAGUCGAGACCGAACCCCAAGGCUUGGCGUACGUUUCUGUGCUUCUGUACAAUCUGAUUAACUUCUCUGAAGUAUACGAAAAGCCUGCACCGUCGUUUGCAGUGCUGGAGGAACGAUCAGCACAUGCGACGAUGAAUGGAGGUGUCGGGCUGGACAAGACAAAUCGGUUGUAA